AUGGUGAACUUCCAUCGCAACUUUCUUGCUCGCCAAACAUCAACGAGAAAGUUGGAGAAUCGUCUUAUGGCAAAUAAAGCUUGUGAAGUUUUCAUUAAUCAUAGAGGCAUUGACACCAAGAGAACUAUAGCAACCUUACUCUACAAUCACCUUUCGUGGCUAAAUGUACAACCUUUCUUGGAUAACAAGAAUAUGAAACCAGGAGAUAAGUUGUUUGACAACAUCGAUAAUGCGAUAAGGAAUUGUAAGAUUGGUGUUACUGUGUUCUCACCAAACUAUUGCAAGUCCUACUUUUGUCUUCAUGAAUUGGCUCUUAUCAUGGAAUCCAAGAAGAAGGUUAUUCCAAUCUUUUGUGACAUUAAACCUUCGCAACUUCAGAUUGUGAACGGAAAUGUUCCAGCAAAGGAUUUCCAAAGGUUCAAAUUGGCUCUUGAGGAGGCAAAAUAUACUGUAGGGCUCACAUUCGAUUCUUUAAAAGGGAAUUGGUCGGAUGUGGUGACAAGUGCUUCAGAAAUUAUAAUCGAGAGCCUGACUGAGAUGGAAAGCGAGAAGAAGAUUAUUAAGAGCUUGAAGAAUACUCCAAUGACUCUUUGA